AUGCUUAGGGUCCCAUCUUCAGCUGCUACAUUGGUCCAACCCCCCAAGGCACUGCUGGACUGUCACCAGCUGGACUGUCACCAGCUGACUGUCACCAGCUGGACUGUCCGACCUAAUGCCCGACCUUACCUGACUCACCAGCUGGACUGUCACCAGCUGGACUGUCACCAACUGGACUGUCACCAGCUGGACUCUGACUGUCACCAGCUGACUGUCACCAGCUGGACUGUCCGACCUAAUGCCCGACCUUACCUGACUCACCAGCUGGACUGUCACCAGCUGGACUGUCACCAGCUGGACUGUCACCAACUGGACUGUCACCAGCUGGACUCUGACUGUUACCAGCUGGACUGUCACCAGCUGGACUUUCACCAGCUGGACUGUCACCAGCUGGACUGUCACCAGCUGGACUGUCACCAGCUGGACUGUCACCAGCUGGACUGUUACCAGCUGGACUGUCACCAGCUGGACUGUCACCAGCUGGACUGUUACCAACUGGACUGUUACCAGCUGACUGUUACCAGCUGGACUGUCACCAGCUGGACUGUCACCAGCUGGACUGUCCGACCUAAUGCCCGACCUUACCUGACUCACCAGCUGGACUGUCACCAACUGGACUGUCACCAGCUGGACUGUCACCAGCUGGACUGUCACCAACUGGACUGUCACCAGCUGGACUGUCACCAGCUGGACUGUCACCAGCUGGACUGUCACCAGCUGGACUGUCACCAGCUGGACUGUCACCAACUGGACUGUCACCAACUGGACUGUCACCAGCUGACUGUCACCAGCUGGACUGUCACCAGCUGGACUGUCACCAGCUGACUGUUACCAGCUGACUGUUACCAGCUGACUGUCACCAGCUGGACUGUCACCAGCCUCCUGUCACCAGCUGGACUGUCACCAGCCUCCUGUCACCAGCUGGACUGUCACCAGCUGGACUGUCACCAGCUGGACUGUCACCAGCUGACUGUUAGGCUAUGAUAACAUUAACUCUAAUUUAACCCUUUGAGCUGUCCUGCUAUUGUCUAUUGUUUUCUUUGUGGUAUUUCUUUGUGGUUCUUGGAUGUGUUUCUGGUGCAUACGGGUUACAUACAGGGGUGGAAUUGACACGUAAAAAAACUCCACAUUUUUGAGCUGAAUGCCCAGUGAUACAACAGUUGUGAUUCGCCUUUUUCCCCACCUUCAAUUCCACUCCCGGUUACAUGUUUUAGAUUGUUAGAUUGAGAAGGAGUCCGAUCAAGUAUCAAUCAAUCAAUCAAAAGAUCGAUAGAUUGAUUGAGAUCAAGUAUUAAAUAAAUGUACACUACCCCUACCCCCCAGUUAGUAAUAAACAUGGUAUUGACCAUCUUUGUUCUAUAGACAAGUCUAUCUAUACUCUCUGUUGUCCUACUAUAAACAUCUCUGUUCUAUAGACAAGUCUAUCUAUACUCUCUGUUGUCCUACUAUAAACAUCUCUGUUCUAUAGACAAGUCUAUCUAUACUCUCUGUUGUCCUACUAUAAACAUAAACAUGCCCCCCCCCCCCAACAUGUCCCCCCCCCCAGUAUAUGUCCUGCUAUUUAUUUUCCCUUGGUGAUCCCCAACACUGCUUCAUCAACAGAGCAAAACCCAUAACAACGAUGCUGGGGGAGGACCAUGUCCAUGUCCCCCCCCUGCCCCCUACAGAUUCCAUCUUUUUUAAAGAUGAAAGACAGCACUGUGUAUUAGAGUUGGGGUUCAUUUGUAUUAAACUCAGUGACUUAUUAAGGAAAUUAUAUGAAUUAAAAAUGUAAUUUUGUUAAAUAAGUUAUCUGGCUUUUUUUCAGUUUAGUCAGAAGUCAUUUUUGUUCCAAUUAUAGUUUACUUCCUGAAUUGACUGAAUUCACCUCAACCCUGCUUUUGUAUAAAACAAGUUUGAGUUAUUUGGAAAAUAAAAAAACAGUUGUCAUGUUUUGAAGUGGAUUUUGGUAUUGAUAACAUGUUUUGUUGCAUUCUUUAACUAAUGAAGUGCGAAUAAAGAUAUAUAUUUAUUACCCAAA